AUGCUGAACUCCAAGCCAGUAGAGCCUGAAGAGCGCGAUCACUACUUCGACUUAGGUUUGGACGAGUACGCGACAACAGCAGAAAUCAAGAAGGCCUUCAAACGAUUAGCGCUACUAUAUCAUCCGGAUAAGAAGGCACCAGGCAAAACCAUAGAUGCUGUCGAGUUUAGACAGGUGCGCGAGGCAGUCGAGAUAUUGGCAGAUCUAGAAGCACGAAGCGAAUACGACACACGAUACCCAGACAUCCAGGAAAACUGGAAUGUCUAUUAUGAGGCUUAUGCGAACUACGAAAUCCGAGUCGAACUCGAGCGCAUCAAAGCUGAAGUACAACGAGCUCGUAUACAGAUGGAGAAACAGCAGCAGGCAGAAGAGAGAAAACGCAAAGCAGAAGAUGAAGCUCGUGCAGAUGCUGAGCGAACUGCUCGAGAGAAGAAGGAAAAGCUUGCGGAAGAGCGAUCGCGACAAGCAGCAGAGCGUGCCGAGAAAGCGCGAGCUAUAGUUGCGGAAGAGCGACUGCGGAAGUGGAAAGAAGAGCAAGAGACUAUGCGAAAGCUGCGCCGAGAAGUGCGCCAAAAGGAGGCCGAAGAGCGCGAAGCAAAAGUUAGAGAACAACAUCGCCUUGAACAAGAGCGAAAAGCCCAAGAGUACCUCGCUGCACUGGAGGCACAGCAGAAGCUCGCAGAGCAGAAGGCACGCCAGGUGGAAGAAUUGAUGGUUCGAACAUACAUGCAACAAUUCUUUACCGAGACCGCCGACGCAGAGAGUCAACGCAUACAGCGCCGCGUCCGCCUGGCGCACAUCUGGGCGCGACAACUCCAUACAGACGCAAAGACUGCUGCUGGUGCGGGACCUGAUGCCAAAUCCGAGUAUGUGGAGUUGGGCUGGCAUAGGAUUGACGGUACGGCCACGUGUGACUUCUGCAUCAAGGAUGUGAAGCUGUACUUUUUUGCGUGUCCCCUAGGAGGUGCGGCGGCCUGCGGAGACUGCAAGUAUAAGUUCGCGCAUGGGUACGAGACGGCGAGUGGGGAGGUCAUCGGAAAGCGGAAGGUGGAGGAGAAGAAAGCCGCCAAGGUUGGUGGGAAGAAGGGGAAGGCAAAGGGUAAAGGCAAGGGGAAGAACUAA